AUGCAUAACUAUCAUCUUUUACUUUGGUUCAUUUCCUUAGUUUCAUUAUCCCAUUGUUGGUCACCAACCGAUUCUUAUGCCCCUGGAAAGGUCCAAUGUCCAAGCUCGGAUAUUUUGAGAGUUGCCGACAGUAUAUCAGAUGAGGAGGAUCAGUGGUUGAGAGGCAGAGACGAGGUCACUAAGAAAAAGGUUGUUGACUAUCUCAAAUAUGCCAAUAUGACAGAUUUCAACCCAGAAGAUUAUGUCAAUAACUUGAACAAGAGUAUACACAUUGGAUUAGCAUUUUCUGGUGGUGGUUAUCGUGCCAUGUUGAAUGGUGCCGGCCAAAUGAGUGCCUUGGAUGAAAGAACCAAGGGUAUUCACGGUAAAAAUGCCAGCGGGUUAAAUGGAUUACUUCAAGCCAGUACUUAUAUUGCAGGGUUAUCUGGAGGAAGUUGGUUGGUUGGAUCCAUUGUUUUCAACAACUUUACAUCGGUGCAAGAUAUUGUUGACCACAAGACUGAUAUUUGGAACUUGAAACAUUCGAUUGUCAAUUAUGGUGGAAUCAACGUCGUAAAGACUUUGGAUUAUUAUAAAGGAAUUUCUGAUGACUUGAACAAAAAACAGGAUGCUGGAUACGAGUUGUCCUUGACUGACACGUGGGGAAGAGCAUUAUCACACCAAUUCUUAUCCACUCUUGAUGACACAGGUGCAUCAUUAACUUUUAGUUCAGUUCAAGAUUGGGAUGUAUUCAAAAAUCACGAGAUGCCAUUCCCAAUUUUUGUUAGUGACGCUAGAGCCCCCCACACCAAGAUUAUCAGCAUUAACUCAACCCUUGCCGAGUUUAAUCCAUUUGAAGUUGGAAGUUACGACGCCAGUGUGUACCAGUUUACUAAGAUGAAGUACUUGGGAACUCAAUUAUCCAAUGGAGAAAAUAACGGAACAUGUAUUAGUGGAUUCGAUAACGCUGGAUAUAUCAUGGGUACGUCAUCAACUUUGUUUAACCAAUUUGUGUUGAAAAUCAACACCACUUCAUUAUCGUCAACCAUCAAGUCUAUUAUCACUGAAAUCUUGAACGACGUGUCUAACGAAGAAGAAGACGUGGCGUUGUACUACCCAAACCCCUUUUACGAAACUGAUGUCGGUACGUCGUUUAACAUAGCUAAUAAUGACACCUUCACCCUUGUUGAUGGUGGAGAAGAUGGCCAAAAUAUCCCAUUAUCGCCUUUGAUUCAACCAGUUAGAGAUGUUGAUGUUAUCUUUGCCUUUGAUAAUUCAGCUGAUACUAAGAAAUCAUGGCCAAAUGGAAAGUCAUUGACGCAAACUUUUGAAAGACAGUUUACUGAAACCGGAAACGGUACAAUUUUCCCCUAUGUCCCUGAUAUCAAUACCUUCAUCAACUUGAAUUUGACUGCUAGACCUACAUUCUUUGGCUGCGACGCAAAGAACUUGUCGACCUUGUUUCAACAAAGAAACAUUAGCUUCACCAACGAGUCAAAUCCUUACACUGUCUACGACUCACCAUUGAUUGUUUAUACCGCCAACCGUCCAUUUUCACACUGGUCCAACACAUCGACAUUCAAAUUGAAAUACGAUGAAGAUGAACGUAAUGCCAUCAUUCGUAAUGGGUUUGAAGUCGCUUCAAGAAACAACUUGACUUUGGACUCCGAAUGGCCUGCCUGUGUAGGAUGUGCCAUUAUCAGAAGACUGCAAGAGAGAAAUGGUGAAGAACAAUCAGACCAAUGUAAGAAAUGCUUUGAAAGAUAUUGUUGGGACGGAAGUUUGGAUAGUGAAGCUGCUCAAGAUAAAUUGAAUUUCACUGACCAGGGAACUACAAGUGGCAACGAAGGUACAAAAGUUAGUGGAUCAAACGUGAUUUCCUUCAGUUGGGCAUUGUGGUUGUGUUCAUUGGUCAUAGUUGGAUUCUUUGGAUUCCAAUAA